UAAAAACCCAUCAAGCAAACCCACCAAACACAUUUGUCCAUUCAGUCAAAGACAGAGAGAGAAAGAAAGACAUUUGCUUCUGGAAAAAAAAAAUCCAACUAAGUGAGAUACAGAAGAGAGACUGAUAGAGAGAGAUACAGAGAGAGAGAGAGAGAGAGAGAGAGAGAUGGGUAGAGCCCCUUGUUGUGACAAAGCAAGUGUGAAGAAAGGGCCAUGGUCUCCUGAAGAAGAUGCAAAACUCAAAGAAUUCAUCGAGAAAUUUGGUACUGGUGGUAACUGGAUUGCUCUUCCACAAAAAGCUGGUCUCAAAAGAUGUGGGAAGAGUUGCAGGUUGAGAUGGCUAAACUAUCUGAGACCCAAUAUUAGACAUGGUGAAUUCUCUGAUGAAGAAGAUAGGAUCAUCUGCAGUUUGUAUGCCAACAUUGGUAGCAGAUGGUCGGUAAUAGCCGCUCAGCUACCGGGAAGGACUGACAACGAUAUCAAGAAUUACUGGAACACCAAGUUGAAGAAGAAGCUUUUGACUAUGGUUCCUUCCCUUCAACAAAAACAAACUUUUUUUCCAUCUCCGACAUUCCAACCACCACCAUAUGAUCAUCAUGCACCAGACCACUUCUUAACCACUUCAUCAUCAUUUUACACUUAUACCCCUAACUUCAUCAAUGUUGACAGCACUUCCAACUCUCUUCCUGUUCAUGAUAUUAAUCAUAUUAAUGUUGCUGCUGAUAUCUCAUCACCACACCCACCAUCUGCAAAUAAUCUAAUUAGUUUGAUGAGAAGCGACACCACCAUUGAUGUUAAUGAUAACUGUAAUAAUUAUCUAGGGUUUCCAGAUGACCCUCAUACCAUGUGCAACACAUACUACGCUGCAUCAGGUAUGAAAGAAGGCAUGCUCAUGUUUGGAAGUACAGCAUGUUCAUCUUCGGAAGGUGGGAGUUCUCUGAGCCAUGUUAGCCAUGUGAAUUACAACAAAGAUCAUCAUCAAUAUCAUCAUCAGAAGAAUCAGUAUCAGAUCAAGCAAGAAGUUGAUCACCAAAUGACGCUUCAUGAUCAGGUUCUUGGAGAUCAAAUUCAAACGCAGAGUUUGAUGGUCAAUCAGAAGCCAAAAGAGUUCAUGUUCACGAACCAUGUAAGUCCAUUGCAUAAUGAUCUUGAGGAAGUGAAACUCAACCUCAACGGCUAUUUGUUUCAUGAUGGUGAUGGAAGCAAGACAACACACUAUCAGAAAGGAAUGUGCUCCUACUUUUACUAAUUAGGUUAAGAUUAAUUAAAACUUCUUGUAAUUAAGUGGCAAGUAAGAGAAGAUGAUCAUUUAGGUUAUUAUUUGUAAGGCUUUGUGAGGAUGUUUUUUGGUUUACUAAAGAAGGUUAAGAUCAGAAACUUCGACACAGUUUGUUGGGGUUUGUGUUCAUCUGUACUUGAUGGUGGAAAUCAAUGGAAAAAUUACUACUAGAAAACUGAAGUUCUUUUCUUUCAAUUCUUCU